GAAAAUUAAUCCUAAUUCAAAAUUAGCAGUAAGCAUAAGAGAGGGAUUUUCUUUGUUUUAAGAUAAUGGGAAGGAAGGGAAAUGAUGUUUUCUUUGCCUUGAUAAUAGCAUUUGUGAUGUUCUUAACAUUUUCUACUUUGAAAUCGAUAACUGCUGAUGAUUGUUUAAUAAAUUGUAUGAGGAAAUGUCCAGCUGAAGAUUAUCAAUGUUAUGAACGUUGUGGAUGGUCAUGUCCCCAUAAUGUCACCACCUCUUCGGAUUAUUGCAAUCUUGGAUGCUCAUUUCACCAUUGCGCAAAAUUAUCUAAAGAUGAAAAUCAAUGGCAAGCUUGCAGAGACAAUUGUGCUACCAAUAUUUGCAACGCUAAAACAGAGUGAACAUUGUUCUUAUUAGCUCACAAGGCAAAUUAAUAUUUGAGGCGAACCCAAAUGUUUACGUUAUUACCAUUUGAAUAAGAUUUCUCUCAAAUGAAACUUUUGUUCUUGGUCUUGUUCA